UUGAUGUUUGCUACGAUGGCAGUCGAUCAUCUGUUUGCAACCUUCAUCCUUUUCCUUAUCUCUAACACAGGGUUCAGUGCUGAGAUCUCUGUGUUUGUGCAGACGGGAGCUUCUGUUCAACUGCAUAUACAGACACAACAACUACCAGAGUUUGAUCUUUUAUCCUGGAUGAAUGAUAAAUCAGAGAGUAUAAUUAGAUAUAACAGUGAUUCCAAAAGAGUAAAACUUCACGAUUCCUACAAGGACAGAGUGGAUUUCAAUGAUACAACCUUCUCUCUGACACUGAAGAACAUGCAGAAGACAGACAGUGGACUCUACACAGCAAGAGCAAGUGGAGAAUCAGACAACAAUAUUGUUACAUACAGAGUAUCUGUCAUAGAUGCUGUGGAGGCUCCUGUCCUGACUGUGAACUCAAACCGUUCCAGCAGUGACUCCUGUACUGUAAACUUCACAUGCAGAGCUCAUGAGCUCAUAAUUACCUCUAGCUAUCAGAACAACAGCUGCUCUCCAGAGGAAGUGACAUCACAUGAGAUCCACACUCUCAUCCUGUUCUGCAGUGAGGAAUCCAUCUUCUGUAACCAUAGCAACCCUGUCAGCUGGAAACAAGACAGUAUAAACAUCACACAGCUCUGUGAAGAGAAUGAAAGGCAAAUCCCAAUCUCCUGUGAUUCAUCUCACAUGUUUGUGCUCCUUAUUGUGUGUGUUGUGGUGGCAGUGAUAGUGUUUGCUGGUUUGAUUCUUUACUGUUGCUGCAAGAAUAAAACAGGUGUCAAACAAGCUGAUACAGACUAUGAUGAUGUUGAGAAUAUGACCCAGAAGAUGACAGGAGAUACAUGGACCACCGUUACCUACUGUACAGUAGGACGACACCAAACCCCUUCAUGAAUGCUAAACACUCACAAACAGCUUCCUGACUUAAUGACUCCUGUGGAACUGUACAGACACUAUUUUUAUUGCGAGUCUAAUAUUCAGUCAGUCACUGCAGAUGUUAAAAAUGAGCACUUCUCUGCUUGUUUGUGCUGUUUGGAUUUGCCUUUCUUGUCCAGGUUUCUGUUGAGCAAGAGAUUUUACGAUCACAUUGGCUCACAGUUCACUCAAAAGUGAAUGCUCUAUCAUAAGUUACUCACCUCAUGUUGUUCUAAACCUGUAUGAAUUUCUGUGGUAGAGAUUGUAGAAUGUUUCAGCUGUUUUUGUCUAUACAGUCUCUAAAGUCAGUCAGCUCGAAUUCCAAAAAGAGCAUAUAAGCAGCAGAAAAGUCAUUCAUACAACUCAAUUGGUUUAACCCAGUACAAGUCUUUUAAAGUGAUAAAAAUCAAUUUGUAUGAUGAAGAGAACAGAUUUGGUGAAAAUUAAAGUAAAUCAUUGAUCAACUCAUGAAUCCAGAGCCCAAAUCAAAUAACAUCUUUGGUGCUGGUGUCUUAAUGACAUUGUCACUUGACACACAAGAACCAGUUUAAUGUUCUUGACGUCACAAUUCAUAUAAAUUGUGUUAAUUUGUGAAGAUUAUCAUGAUGACUUAAAAGAAUCAUGCACUUUUGUUGAGCUUAUUUUCUGCAAUUAUCCAAAAGCCAGUGGAAAAAUCCUAUUGGGUUUUGUUGAAUGAAUCAGGAUGAUGCAAAUGUCUGGGUGUUGCUUACAAAACAGGCAUGUCAUCACUGCAGCGCUCUAUUGACAUUUUUUUUGUCACAAAAACCAGAAACAUUUUUCUAAAUAUCUUCUACUGUGUUCUGAAAAAACAGGAAAGUCAUGUAUCCCAUCAUUGUACGAUGGGAUAAGAUUCAGUGCCUCAGAGUAUUGAAAACAUUGCCAUCUACUCGCUCAUAAAAUUUACACCAUCCAUAAAGCCUGAAAUAUAAUGUCAACUGAAAAUGUUACUAAACAGAGAAAC